AUUCACAAAUAGUUAACAAAGCAUCAGUGGAAAUGUCUAGUUAAGCUGCUUUUAAAAACAUUACUCAGCACAUUCUUUAUGUUUCUGAAGUGAUGGCAAGGUCAUGGAACAGGUGAUCAGCCAGGAGCCAGCUGAAAGUGAGGAUCCUGAGGCACGACACAGUGUCUUAGAUGUUGCCAUCCGUCAGCUUCAGGAACAACAGGACCAGCAGGCUGCCAGGCAGCAGGGUACACCCAGAAGAGUUUCUCUAAGUGAGCAAAUAGAGGUGCGGUCUCCACCUACCGUGGACCUUCAGGGCAGCAGACAAGUGGAAGGAGUGCGUCAGAUGCAUCAAAACACCCCACGCAGCGAUAUGGCAACAGAAAUGGACCUGCAGGCACGUUGCAGGGUGGGAGUGUCUGAACUCACCACCAAUGCAUACAGGGAUCAGGAGUCAUACAGAAGUGUUAAAGGAGAGGAAGAGAUCACCCUCUACAAUGCCAAUAAACAACCAAUUGAACACACCACCUUUAGGGACGACUCUGAUGAUGAGACACCGUGCACUAAGCGGGCAAAGCCACGUAAACGGCAUCGCAAUUUGGAGAACGCAAACAGUCUGAUUGAGUUUUUUUGUGAGGAGGGAGAGGACACUGCGUCAUCUGAGGAUAGUGAAAUUGAAGCAAGUGGGGAAGUCUUGUCAAUUGAAGAAGAAGAGGAGUGGAGAAGUGACAGCUCAAGUCACUCGUCAAGCGAGUGUUCUGAUUGGACAGCUGAUGCUGGCAUCACUGAACACACGACCAUGUCCUUCCAUGUUCGCCGGCAGAUAAGCAGUUCUGAUGAAGACGACAAGAAGGAUGACAACAUCGAAGAUCAAACUGAACAAACACAAGAUGAGGACACACAGUCCUCACCUCAGAAACCGAAAAGAAAAGAAAAAAGUGAAACCCCAAAGGAACAAGUGAAGUCAUCUGCAACCAAAUCUACCUCGGCUAAGGCCUCUCCAGCAGAUCACCAGGACUCCAGUGAGAGUGCAUCACCACUGUCAGUGAACGGGUUAAGCAGCAGAUCCUCCCAUGCAAAGCGCAGAAGAGUCUGUGACAGCAGUUCUUCUGACCUGGAAUGCUCUGAAGAUGAGGAGAGCCCGUCAAAUGCAGAUGAUACUGACCAAAAACUUCAGCCCAGGAAAGCUGUAGUAGCUGCAGUCAGUAGGAUAAAUCUGAUGUAUGCUGCAGAGGAAGAGGAUUCUUCAGAGCAUAAGCCUGCAGUUAACGAGAGCAGCUCAGAGUCCGAGGAGCAUGACCAUCAGGGUACGAGCAAUUAUAUACAUUAAGACAGCUUUGCCUUUUUUAUGACAAUAUGUUCUAUAAGAUUGUCAUUAGUUACAUUACUUUCUUGGAAAAAAUCAUGGAGUUUUAAAAAGGGCAUGGAUAACUGUUAAAUUGUGGAUAACUUUUUUGGGUCCUUUUGUGUAAAUAAUGUACAUGCACCUAAUUUUUUAUUUGUUUUUAAUGAACAGACUUAAACUGAAUUUUUAGAAUCAGCAGAAGCAGCAUUGUGCGAUGUGGUUAAUCUGAUUA